AUGCGACCCGAUACAAUUCCCCGUUUCACACUUCUAUCUUUGCAUUCGAGAGAGUUGCAAAAGGCAUCGUCCUGGGAAGAGAUGGGGUCGAUCGAAUUCAAUGGGGAGGAGCAAGCUAGGGGAGAGACGUGGUGGUUAGACGUUUGCGAUGCUGCAGAGCAAGAUGAGCCGCGGCAGAAGAUCGAGACGUUUCCCAGUUACUACUUGAUAUCGGUGCGAACUCUGUCGACGAUUGCAGACAAGUACACAAAGGAGACAGCCGAAUAUACUGCUCAAUCACCAACCCCAACUCACCCGUCGAUGCUCUAUAUCCUUGUGUUCAGGUACGGUACGGUGACAUUCUCCACAAGCGGCUGCGAGCAUGUGUCUAGAGUUAGGAGCCGCAUAUCAAGACUGUACGACCCAUCUGUUCUGUCCAGUGAUUGGAUCUGCUACGCACUCCUGGACGACGUGAUAGACAGCUUCCAGCCUCAUAUGCAAUCCGCAUCGCGCGAGUCCGAAUCCAUCCAGGAUGAAAUCUUCAUCGCGCGAGACGACGAUAUGACGCCCCUAAUGCUGCGCAUCUACACCAUCCGGAAGAGAAUCAAUCACCUCACGCACUCCCUGUCCGGCAAGUCUGAUGUCCUCAACGGGUUCGUCAAGCGCUGCCAGACAAAGGCGUGGCACCCUGCGCUCCCUGAAGGGGAUCUCAUCGUCUACCUCAGUGACGUGCAAGACCACCUUAUAACGAUUCUUGGUGAGCUCGCACACCUGGACGAGAUUACCAGUCGUCUGCAAUCCAAUUUCCUGGCCCAGACGAGCGUCAAUAACAUGCGUCUAAGUGUGAGACUCAACUCGGGGCUGAGCAAAGUGACUAUUCUAGCGACGAUCUUUGUGCCGCUGCACAUGGUGACUGGACUAUUCGGGAUGAAUGUUACGGUGCCCGGACAGGAGGUCGAGUCACUGGCCUGGUUCUUUGGAAUAGUCGGUGUGUUUGUUGCGAUAAUAUUAGCUGCCUGUUUAGUUUUUGUGCGCUUGAAACUCUUGUAG